AUGGGUGGACAACUUGACAUCUUGGACAUUGUCGUCCUCGGGGUGCUAGCUUUGGGAACGAUAGCAUACUUCACAAAGGGAAAAUACUGGGGUAUCGUGAAGGAUCCAUAUGCUACCAGUUAUGCCGCCACCAACGGAAACAAGCCCGCAAAGACAAGGAAUAUUAUUGAGAAGAUGAAUGAGUCGAGCAAGAACUGUGUCGUCUUCUAUGGUUCGCAGACUGGUACCGCAGAGGAUUAUGCUUCUAGAUUGGCAAAGGAAGGAAAGAGUCGUUUUGGCUUGGAGACCAUGGUAGCAGAUUUGGAAGACUAUGAUUAUGAUAACCUCGAUACCUUUGGAGACGACAAAGUCGCAAUGUUCGUACUUGCCACAUAUGGUGAAGGUGAACCAACCGAUAAUGCUGUUGAUUUCUACGAAUACUUCAUGAAUGAGGAUGUAGAAUUCUCUAGUGGCGAGAAAUCACUUGAAAAUCUCAAGUUUGUCGCAUUUGGUCUAGGAAACAAUACCUAUGAACACUACAACUCUAUGGUCCGAAAUGUUACAAAGGCAUUCGAGAAGCUCGGUGGUACAAGGAUCGGUGAAGCUGGUGAAGGAGACGAUGGCGCCGGUACUAUGGAAGAAGACUUUUUGGCCUGGAAGGACCCAAUGUGGACUUCAUUGGCUGAAAAGAUGGGAUUACAGGAACGUGAAGCUGUUUAUGAACCAGUUUUUGCCAUUACAGACAGGGAAGAGUUGACAAAGGAUUCUCCAGAAGUAUAUCUCGGCGAGCCAAACAAAAUGCAUCUGGAGGGUACAUCAAAGGGUCCUUACAAUGCUCACAACCCAUAUAUUGCACCUAUAUCCGAAUCCAAGGAACUCUUCACCGACAAAGACCGAAACUGCUUGCACUUGGAGGUAGACAUCAGUGGAUCUAACCUCAGCUAUCAAACUGGAGAUCACAUUGCGGUUUGGCCAACAAAUGCAGGAAGGGAAGUGGACCGAUUCCUCAAUGUUACUGGACUUUCUUCCAAGAAGGAUUCUGUUAUUACUGUUAAAGCAUUGGACGCCACUGCAAAGGUUCCAUUCCCCACACCUUCUACAUACGAUGCUGUAGUUAGAUAUCAUAUGGAGAUUUGCGCACCUGUAUCACGUCAAUUCAUUGCCACUUUGUCCGCCUUCGCCCCAAAUGACACUAUCAAGGCUGAAAUGGAGAAGCUUGGUGGUGAUAAGGAUUACUUUCAUCAAAAGAUCAGCAAAAACUAUUUGAACAUCGCUCAGGUUUUACAAGAAGUUGGUGGCCAAGAAAAAUGGACAGCCAUUCCAUUUUCCGCUUUCAUCGAAGGUUUGGGCAAGAUUCAGCCUCGUUACUACUCUAUUUCGUCUUCCUCGCUUGUGCAAAAGAAAAAGAUUUCCAUCACAGCGGUAGUUGAGUCAAUCGACAUCCCUGGAAGAACAGAUUCUUUGAAAGGUGUUACCACAAACUACCUCCUUGCCUUGAAGCAGAAGCAACAUGGCGAUGAUCACCCCGAUCCCAAUGGCCUCACGUAUGAAAUCACAGGACCACGCAACAAGUAUGAUGGUAUCCACGUUCCCGUACACGUACGACACUCCAACUUCAAGCUCCCAUCGGAUCCAUCUAAGCCUGUCAUUAUGAUUGGUCCUGGAACUGGUGUUGCACCCUUCAGGGCAUUUGUUCAGGAAAGAGCUGCACAGGCAAAAGCUGGCGAGAAUGUUGGAAGAACAAUCUUAUUCUUUGGAUGCAGAAAAUCUACAGAAGAUUUCAUGUACAGGGACGAAUGGAAGGAAUACGGGGAAGCUCUUGGCGACAAGUUCUCACUCAUUACUGCAUUUUCCCGUGAAGGCAAGGAAAAGAUCUAUGUCCAGCACCGUCUCAAGGAACACGCCAAAGAAAUCAACGAGCUCCUCAUGCAAAAGGCUUACUUCUAUGUUUGCGGCGAUGCAGCAAACAUGGCCAGAGAAGUCAAUACCGUUCUUGGUAAAAUUAUCUCAGAGCAGCGUGGAAUCCCAGAAUCAAAGGCCGAAGAUAUUGUAAAGAGCAUGCGAUCCGCCAAUCAAUACCAGGAAGAUGUAUGGUCGUAG